CAUUUUUCUGAAAAACUUUUACAUUCAUGGAAUGGCACUUGACUUUCAUAAGAAAGUAAAAGACGCUAACGAAGUUUACGAAAUUAAACGUGAAAACCUUUCAAUUUCUCGAGUAGCUAAAAUAUGUCGGUCACGGACGUUGUUCGCCCUGUUCAACCGGUAUCGUUUGACCAGAAGUUUGCAGGUGAAGUGCCUAAAUACGCGCGAUCAGAUUGCAAAAACACCUACAAACCGAAACGGUCCAUGGAAACGGGAUACGAUCCAAUCAAGGCUGAGAACGCCAUUCAACAGUUUAGAAAUGCAGUGAAGGAUUGCGAACUGAAGGAUUCUAGUGACGAAUACCUUGUGAAAUGGUUAAUUGCACAAGAUUUCGAUGUAUCUCGUGCCGAGAAAAUGCUUCGUCAGUCUUUGGAAUGGAGGCGGACAAGCAGGGCUGACGUAAUUCUGGAAUCGUACACACCAUGUGAAGUUCUUGAGCAACAUUUUUCUAUGGGACACGUUGGACUCGAUACGUUCGGCUGUCCCGUAUUCAUAUGUGCGCUAGGAAAAAUGGACCUUAAAGGAUUAUUAGCGUCGAUGACGAAGAAAGAAUAUUAUAAUUUCUUGACAUGGAUGCUAGAGACAUUUGUCGUUGUAAUUGCGCAAGAGAAUAAUCGAACUGGCUGUCGAACUAGGAAGCAAACGUUUAUAAUUGAUCUCGAUCAAUUCUCGAUGCGGCACUUGACCAGCAAACCAGUCGGAUCUUUUAUGAAUGCGGGGGCAGCAAUCCUCGUUUUAAUCCAAAAUUAUUUGGUAAAUUAUCCUGAUCAAUUCCGCCGGGUAUUUAUCAUUAACGCUCCGUCCAUGUUCCCUUGGCUAUUCAGCUUCAUUAAACCUUUACUAGCGCAAAAUGACGUGCCAAAAUUCAAAAUUUUUGGAAGUAACAAAAAGGAAUGGAUAUCCGCUCUACAAGAAGAAAUUGAUAGCGAUCAAUUUCCCUCCUAUUAUGGUGGUAGCAUGACCGAUCCUAAUGGUGAUCCGAAAUGUCCCAGCAAGUUAAACCUGGGAGGUGAAGUGCCACGUUUUUUCUAUCUGCGCAAAAACCCACCUGUUGCCAAGGACUACAUGGAAACGCUGAGCAUUUCAGCUGGCAUUGGUGGCAAAAAGAAAUUGGAAUACAAUGUUGACGUCAUUUAUUCCUCCAUCAGAUGGGAAUUCAUGACGGAGGGUGGAGAUAUUAGCUACCGGGUCUACAACAAGAAUAAUAAAAAUAAUUCGGACGAUUUGGUACCUCAAUGUCGAGUUGACAGUCACCUGGUGAUGGAAGAAGGUUUAAUAAGCUGCGACCAACCCGGAAAAUACGUUUUCGAGUUUGACAAUUCCUAUAGCUAUUUGCGGAAGAAGAAGCUUCGUUACCACAUUGUGGUCGAACAACACGAAAAUUCUCAGUGAUCGACUAAACUAACGUGAAAUUAACUAUUUUUAAACAUAGAAAAUAAAAUUUUAAGUCCAUAGAUGGGUUUAACAUUUAAACAGAUGAACAUAUUAAUUUUUAAAUUGUAUUUUCAAAGUGUCAUGCAAUUUAUAAUUACACACAAAUUAGUCUGUUUGGUCAUCAAAAUGAUUGGACAUUCAGUUAA